AAUGGUUAAAAUGAUAGCCUCCUUCCACAUUCCCAAGCUUAUAUAGUAGCCAAAACAUCAGACCCAACACUUCUCGUAGCCCAUUUUUCACUUAGUAGCCACUAGCCAGGACUAGAAGAUUUUCUAACAAAAGACUAGGAAUCUUAUUAACACCUUGUAGCCUACAGAAGUAGAAUGUCAUCGGAAAAAACAAAAACAAAGAACUUGUCGGAAUCCGAUGAUUCCAGUCUCAGUUUCGAGGAAACUGAGCUCACUCUUGGGUUACGCCGAGAUUCAGAAAGACAAAUCUGUGGUGCGAAACGUGGACUCUCAUCUGAAGCUGUUGAGUUGAGGCUAGGAAGCUCUACUUCCAGAAAUCCUCACGAUCAAAACUACGAAGAUGAUCAUUAUUGCAACAACGAAAUCUCCAUCGCAACCAAACCUUCGGCAAAGACACAAGUAAUUGGAUGGCCACCAGUGAGAUCAAACAGGAAGAAGAUAGGAGUAGUAAAGAAGUGCAAAUACGUGAAGGUGGCAGUAGAUGGAGCUCCCUACUUGAGAAAAGUUGACUUGGAGAUGUACAGCAGCUAUGACCAGCUGCUAAUUGCUUUGGAACACAUGUUUACUUGCCUAACAACAAUCUGUAACUUUGUAAAUGAGAGGAAGCUUAUGGACCCUAUAAAUGGUGUCGAAUACUUGCCAACUUAUGAAGACAAAGAUGGGGAUUGGAUGCUAGUUGGAGACGUUCCAUGGAAAAUGUUUGUUGAAUCUUGCAAGAGGCUCAGGUUGAUGAGGAGCUCGGAGGCCAUUGGAUUAGCUCCAAGGACUAACGUAUUAAUGGCGAAAUGCUCGAGUACAAGUUGAUUGAAGAAGUUUUCUCAUCUUGGCCUGGGUAGAGGCAGAUCCACGAUUUUGGAAAAAAUGGGUGCACUAAGAGAAGGAUCUAGAAUAUUAAUGGCGAAAUGCUUGCUUUUGGAAUUAUAAGUUUAAAAUUAAUUUUUUUAAAUAGUAAUUUUCUUAUAUAAUUAUAUCUAUACUCUGUGUCAAAAAUGUUGGGAUAAGUAAAAUCCAUUGACUA